AUGAAUGUCACAGCAGUUCAAGACGAACGAGGUCCAAGAAAACCCAAACUAUUAACCGCAAUGAUAACCGAACGUUUUUUUUCAUCUACAAACAAUCAUACCGCCUACGAAACUGUAGCGCACGUAUUUUUAUUUACAAUAAAACAGGUGCGCUAUAAUUCAGGUUUUGGCCUACUGAAUCGACAAUCGCAAAAUAAAAUUUUGGGCCAACAAUGGGCCGCCGUGCUAAGUUUCAGAUUGGCUUAUUGGACUAGUAACAUGGACCAUGUUUUGCCUUAUUUACAAACAACUAUCAAGCAUUUUCAGGAAUUGAAAUUGGACAUAAAUGAGAGGGAGUUUUUUGAAAAUACUAUUUUAUGCAGGAAAGAUGUGCUUGUUGAUGAUUUAAAGGAGAGUGCCUUAGCGGAAGUGCUACAAGAAAAAGCUGUUGAUGGUUUGUAUGCUAAAAAUUUGAUGGAUAAAAAGAGGUUUUUAAAAAUACUCCUGUCUAUAUCUGUAUUGUAUAAUUGUAGCUCUGAAUGUUUAUAUUCUCACUUGUUUAAGCCUAUUAUUGGGGAAGUGUCUAUGGAAUCAAUAAUAGCUACAAUUUAA